AUGACAUGAAAGACACAAAUCUCUGUUCUGCUUCGAAACAGGAAAUAAAACAAAGAAAACCAUUUAUGACAUAACUGAUAACCUUUACUGCAACCUUUAAGGCUUUCACUUCUAUUUGCAUGUUAAUGUCUGUGUUUGCUCAGUCGUGUGGGAAUAAGGCAAGGUGGACGCUCACACACACACUCGCAUACAUACACAUAUCUGUAGUCGCAUUCGGACACACUGUUCGGACGUCUCAGCUGUCCCGCUCGGGUGUGGCUACUGUAAUAGUGAAGGAUAUCAGCCCCCUGACUUCUGGGGAGUCAUGGACCCUAUUAAAGGAGAGACGCUGUUAAAAGUCCAGCAGUUACGGGAUCAGUUUGAUAACCUGGAAAAGCACACACAGUGGGGAAUCGACUUUGUGGAAAAGUACACCAAAUUUGUGAAGGAAAGGUCUGAGAUCGAGCUUAACUAUGCAAGACAGAUCAGGAAUCUGUCCAAGAAAUACCAGCCUAAGAAGAAAGAGGAAGACGACAAUAAGUAUACAUGGUGCCGCGCGUUUCAUUCGACGCUAAACGAGCUGAACGAUUACGCCGGGCAGCAUGAGCUCAUCGCAGAGAACAUGAUGUCACAGAUCAUCGCCGAACUCACGCGAUACACACAGGAAAUCAAAACAGAGAGGAAAGCGCAUUUCCAUGAUGGACGGAAGGCACAGCAACAGGUCGAAGCCAGUUGGAAACAGCUGGAAGCGUGUAAGCGGAAGUUUGAGCGGGACUGUAAAGAAGCAGAUCGAGCCCAGCAGUACUUUGAGAAGUUGGACGCAGACAUCAAUGUGACGAAAGCAGACGUGGAGAAGGCACGGCAGCAGGCUCAGAUGAGACACCAGAUGGCUUCUGACAGCAAGAAUGAAUAUUCCUCAUACCUGCAGAAGUUCAACCAGGAACAGAAUGAACAUUAUUACACCAUCAUCCCUAAUAUCUUUCAGAAGAUCCAGGUGAUGGAGGAGAAGAGGAUAGAGCGAAUGGGCGAGUCGCUGAAGACGUCCGAGGACGACCAACAAAAUAUUCCCACCAUCAUUAAAAAACUCCAUGAAAUAACAAAACAAGCCGACUACACCAAACCCCUGCAGGACUCCUCUCAGGUCAUAGAGUCGUAUAAGUCUGGGUUCGAGCCUCCUGGCGAUGUGGAGUUUGAAGACUACGGUCAGGCGAUGAAGAGGACGGUGUCUGAGACCAGCCUGUCUAACUCACGCUCGGACAACAAAGCGGACCGUUCCAGCAAGGGCAAGAGCAAAACUCUCUGGCCUUUCAUUAAGAAGAACAAGCUUAUGUCCCUGUUAACGUCCCCCAUACCUUGCCAGUCCCCCCCUGACCCGCCCUCACCUUCUGCUGUGACCCCUGACCCCUGCCCCACUCCCCAGACCCCCAAACAGUCCAAGGAGCCCUUGUCCCACCGAUUCAACGACCUCAUGACCUCCAAGCCCAAAAUGCACUGCCUCAGGAGCCUCCGGCGAGGGUCUGCCCAAUCUCUCUAUUAUAAUAAAGAAAUCAUGAAGAGGACUCUCGGUCGGCCUACGUAUGCUUUCGAGGCCAGGCAAUAUGUCCUCUCUUUAAAGCUGCUCUCACUCAAUGCCCACGUGCGGAACCUUAUUGAGGGUUCGAAUCCUGAGGACUUCAGUCAUCUUCCUCCGGAGCAGAGAAGGAAGAAGCUUCAGGCGAAGAUCGACGACAUCAAUAAAGACAUACAGAAAGAGAUGGACCAGAGAGAUGCUUUGACUAAAAUGAAGGAAGUGUACAUAAAGAACCCACAGAUGGGGGAUCCCAACAGCGUGGACCCUCGGUUAGCAGAGAUCGCCCAAAACAUUGAGAAACUGCAGGCGGAGGCACAGAAAUUUGAGGGCUGGUUAGCGGAGGUCGAAGGAAGAAUGCCGGUAAAGAGUGACCCUCCGAAGAGGACGAGUGUUCUAUACGAGACCCAAAACAGCACACCACCCACCAACAACAACUGCGCACAGGAUAGAGAGAGUCCAGACAGUAAAGUCCAACCCGAAACAGCGGAGUCUGGAGAUGAAUUUGAUGAUGCGGAUGAAGAAAUUCAACCGACCAUCGGCACCUGCAAAGCCCUCUACCCGUUUGAAGGUGUUAAUGAAGGCACCAUCUCAGUAGCGGAGGGUGAGCUCUUGUAUGUAAUAGAGGAAGACAAAGGUGACGGAUGGACGCGUGUUAGAAGAAACGAGGAAGAGGAGGGUUACGUCCCCACAUCCUACGUCGAGGUCUUUCUGGACUCCAACGCCAAAGAUGUGUUUUCCUGGAGAAGGGUUUUUCUUUCUGAGGAUUCGUAAAGUAAGGAAGGAGGACUCAGUGGUGAAGGGCAAACAGCAGCCACAUGUGGGGAAAACUACAGCCUACCCUCCAUGAACCGCCCUAGAGUGAGACAGAUGAGAGACAGACACAAAAUAAAGAGAGCAAGAGGCUAUAGAGUCCUCUCAGCCUAAAUUCUCCUGCUGUAGAGAGCAACUUUAACAGCGAAUCAGAGAAAUAUUAUGGCGUUUAGAUUUAUUACCUGUCUGUUAUUUUAUAAUAAGGUGAAUAUGAUCUGCAUAUAUGAUUUUGCUUUACGGCUCUUCAUCGCUGCUGAAUGGCGCUAAACUUUCUUUCAGCCUGUGUGAGUGAGUGUAUGUGUGUGUGUUUGUCUUUAACACUCUUGUUUCAUAUUUCCUCACCUUUCAUCGAACUAAAACCCUGGGAAUGUGGUCUGGAAAAGGAGCUGAAUUUUUGGUCACACAACAGUGCUGCGUUCCAUCCAUAUUCCUACUAUAUAUAGCUUGAUGCUCGAAAGAUAAUGUACACUACUGGUCAAAAGUUUGGAACAAUUAAGAUUUUUAAUGUUUUGAAAGAACAUUUUAACAUUUAUUUGUUAAAAAUACAGCAAAAACAGUAAGAUGUUUUUUAUUUAUUUAUUCCUGUGAU